CCGAGUCAAUCAAUUCGAAUUAUCACUGCUCGGCUUUCUACCAAUUGAGGGAGAAUCCGAGACCAAAUUGUCUUUGUUGCGCGCACUAACCAGGGCGCCGAGUUGUAGACCGCCAUACAGCUAGGUACAAUGGCGCCGUUAACAGGCGCCGAGGUUGCCAAGCACAACAAGGCCGAUGACUGCUGGGUUAUUGUCCAUGGGAGGGCAUACGAUGUCACCGAAUUCCUGCCAGAACAUCCCGGAGGGACCAAGAUCAUCCUCAAAUAUGCCGGCAAAGAUGCAACAGAGGAGUUCGAGCCGAUCCACCCGCCCGACACCCUGGAAAAGUACCUUCCGAAAUCCAAACACCUGGGCCCCGUGGACAUGAGCACGGUGGUGAAGGAGAAGACGGAAGAGUCGCCCGAAGAAAAGGAGCGGAUGAAGCGCAUUCAGGAGAUGCCCCUUCUCGAGGAAUGCUACAACCUCCUAGACUUCGAGGCCGUCGCGCGGCGAGUCAUGAAGAAGACGGCAUGGGCUUACUACUCGAGUGCCGCCGACGAUGAGAUCACCUUGCGCGAAAACCGCUCGGCAUUCCAUCGCAUCUGGUUCCGCCCACGCAUCCUGGUCGACGUCGAAAAGGUCGACUUCUCCACCACCAUGCUCGGCACGCCCUGCUCCAUCCCCUUCUACGUGACCGCCACAGCGCUCGGCAAGCUCGGCCACGUCGAGGGCGAGGUCGUGCUCACCCGGGCGGCGCACAAGCACAACGUGAUCCAGAUGAUCCCGACGCUCGCCUCGUGCGCCUUCGACGAGAUCGUCGACGCCGCGGCGCCCGGCCAGGUCCAGUGGCUGCAGCUGUACGUGAACAAGGACCGGGCGAUCACGCAGCGCAUCGUGCAGCACGCCGAGAGGCGCGGCUGCAAGGGCCUCUUCAUCACCGUCGACGCGCCGCAGCUGGGCCGCCGCGAGAAGGACAUGCGCACCAAGUUCACCGAGCAAGGGAGCAACGUGCAGAGCGGCCAAAAGGUCGACACGUCGCAGGGCGCGGCGCGCGCCAUCAGCAGCUUCAUCGACCCGUCGCUGAGCUGGGACGACAUCCCCUGGUUCCGGUCGAUCACCAAGAUGCCGAUCGUGCUGAAGGGCGUGCAGCGGGUCGAGGACGUCGUCAGGGCGGUCGAGGCCGGCGUCCAGGGCGUCGUGCUGUCCAACCACGGCGGCCGGCAGCUCGACUUCGCGCGCUCGGCCGUCGAGGUGCUGGCCGAGACGAUGCCGGUGCUGCGCGAGCUGGGGCUCGAGGACAAGAUCGAGAUCUACGUCGACGGCGGCGUGCGGCGCGCGACUGACAUCCUCAAGGCGCUGUGCCUGGGCGCGCGCGGCGUCGGCAUCGGCCGCCCCUUCCUCUACGCCAUGUCGGCGUACGGCCAGGCCGGCGUCGAGCGCGCCAUGCAGCUGCUCAAGGACGAGAUGGAGAUGGGCAUGCGGCUGAUCGGCGCCAGGAGCAUCGCCGAGCUGAACGCCUCCAUGGUCGACGCCCGCAGCCUGUUCAACCACGCCUCGCCGCCGGCGGACAGCCUGGCCCACGCGGUCUACGAUCCGCUCGUCAACCCGGCGCAGCGGCCGGCGAAGGCGGAGAAGGCGAAGCUAUAACGACUUUUGAAUAGGAUCUAGAUAUCUGUGGGCAUAUACGAUUGAGAUGAAGAGCGGUAUGUGGAAUACCCCUUUUCUUGGAUACAUGUUGUAGAGAGAGGGAGGAAGCAGGCUGUAAU